CUUUGUUUCUCCUGUUUUGAUGCAGUGAGGGGUGGAGAAAUGUCGGAUCUCCAGGCACCGCUUGUAAGGCCAAAGAGAAAGAAAACAUGGGUUGACUACUUCGUCAAGUUCAGAUGGAUCAUCGUCAUCUUCGUGGUCCUUCCAAUCUCAGCCACACUCUACUUCCUCAUCUACCUCGGAGACAUGUGGUCAGAGUCCAAAUCCUACGAGAAACGCCGCAAGGAACACGACCAAAACGUCAUGAAAGUCGUCAAACGCCUCAAGGAGAGAGACGCAGGCAAGGACGGUCUUGUCUGCACCGCACGCAAGCCAUGGAUCGCCGUCGGAAUGAGAAACGUUGACUACAAGAGAGCACGCCAUUUCGAGGUUGACUUGGGUGAGUUUCGCAACAUCCUUGAGAUCAACAAGGAGAAGAUGAUCGCUAGAGUUGAGCCUCUUGUCAACAUGGGGCAGAUCUCACGUGCUACGGUCCCAAUGAACCUCUCUCUCGCUGUUGUUGCUGAGCUUGAUGAUCUCACUGUCGGUGGUCUCAUCAAUGGUUACGGUAUUGAAGGAAGCUCUCACCUCUACGGUUUGUUUGCGGAUACCGUUGAGGCUUACGAGAUCGUUCUAGCUGGUGGGGAACUUGUCCGUGCCACGAGGGAUAAUGAGUACUCCGAUCUUUUCUAUGCGAUUCCUUGGUCUCAAGGAACUCUCGGGCUCCUUGUUGCUGCUGAGAUCAGGCUUAUACCGGUUAAGGAGUACAUGAGACUUACUUACAUACCAGUCAAGGGAGAUCUUCAAACCUUAGCUCAAGGCUACAUGGAUUCUUUCGCGCCUAAAGAUGGUGACACGUCAAAGAUCCCUGACUUCGUUGAAGGCAUGGUGUACAAUCCUACAGAAGGUGUGAUGAUGGUUGGAACAUACGCGUCUAAAGAAGAGGCCAAAAAGAAAGGUAACAAGAUCAACAAUGUGGGAUGGUGGUUUAAGCCGUGGUUCUACCAGCAUGCUCAGACCGCGCUGAAGAAAGGACAGUUCGUUGAGUACAUCCCUACUCGUGAAUACUACCAUAGGCACACAAGGUGUUUGUACUGGGAAGGGAAGCUUAUUUUACCAUUUGGUGAUCAGUUUUGGUUUAGGUUCCUCUUUGGUUGGUUGAUGCCUCCAAAGGUCUCUCUUCUUAAGGCCACUCAAGGUGAAGCUAUCAGAAACUAUUACCAUGAUAUGCAUGUUAUUCAGGACAUGCUUGUUCCUCUUUACAAGGUCGGUGAUGCCCUUGAAUGGGUUCACCGUGAAAUGGAGGUGUAUCCAAUCUGGCUUUGCCCACACAAGCUCUACAAGGCACCAAUCAAACAACAGAUCUACCCUGAACCAGGUUUUGAGUAUGAGAAGAGACAAGGAGACACGGAAGAUGCUCAGAUGUACACUGAUGUUGGAGUAUACUACGCACCCGGUCCUGUCUUGAGAGGUGAAGAGUUUGAUGGAUCAGAAGCUGUGCGUAGGAUGGAGAAAUGGCUGAUAGAGAACCACGGAUUCCAGCCUCAGUACGCUGUCUCUGAGCUGGACGAGAAGAGCUUCUGGAGGAUGUUUGAUGGUGACUUGUACGAGCAUUGCCGCAAGAAGUACAGAGCUGUUGGAACGUUCAUGAGUGUUUAUUACAAGUCAAAGAAAGGAAGGAAGACUGAGAAAGAAGUUAGAGAAGCAGAGCAAGCUCAUCUCGAAACAGCUUAUGCUGAGGCAGAUUAAGCAACCAAAAUGUGGAUUUGAGAGAGACUUGAGAGUUAAUUAUUAUUGUUAUGGGUGGUGGUAGUGUGUCUUUUGUUUUGUGUCUGUUAUGUGUUUUCUAUUUUCAGUUUAGUGUUGUCUUUGAUGAUGAUUAUUGUUUGUUUGGUUCUUGCUAUGGUUUUGACUUGUGAUUUGAAUGGAUUUUGAGAUUUGGACUUGCUUUUGAGACUUUUGGUUUGAG